CGACUUCCUGGCAAUCACAUCCAGAAGCCUAAUCCUUCAGUUUUCCAUCAUCUCUCUCUCUCUCUCGCUCUGUGUGCCGUGUUUGCGAGCGUGGAAUUCCCAAUGGAUCGAGCUCAGUUGCUUCUGUUAGGGCUACCGAUCUUCCUGUUGUUCUCGGACAUUAUAAACCUCUUCACGCCCCCACCUCCCAAACCCACCCACCACCAUCAUCACCAUCAAUCUCAUCACGUGCCCAAACCGCAACCUGUUCUCCAGCACCAGCCCCUUGAUUUCCCCACACAGAAACAGAGCGGCACUGGAGGAAUUGGCCUGGGCAGCACCGUCAACAUCAAUUUCUGCACUUCCUGUUCUUACAGAGGAAAUGCAGGAACAAUGAAAAACAUGCUGGAGACGGCAUUUCCUGGGAUUGAUGUCGUUCUGGGAAACUACCCACCAGCACUUCCAAAACGCCUACUGAGCAAACUGGUACCAGUGGCUCAAUUUGGAAUUAUUGGGGUAAUAGUGGCAGGUGAACAGAUUUUUCCAAGAUUGGGAUUUAUGGUGCCACCUCCUUGGUACUACUCCUUGCGAUCAAAUAGAUUUGGAAGUAUUGCAAGCACUUGGCUUUUAGGAAACUUUUUCCAAUCAUUCCUGCAGAGUUCUGGUGCUUUUGAAGUAUAUUGCAAUGGCGAACUGGUUUUCUCUAAGCUGAAGGAGCACAGAUUCCCUAGCGAAAUUGAGCUGAGGGAUCUUGUUGGCCGAAAACUCGCUAAUUUUAGAGUUGCGGAUGGAAUUGGAGGAGGUCUUUGGUCCUAGACAGUGCUCUGUGGAGGCUGAAGUUUGUUAUCACAGUGAAUUACCAACCUGUAAUAUUUAUCAUUUAUGUAGUGACUAGUUGGUAUACCAAACAAAAGAGAUAAUAAUGAUGGUGUUUUCUUUAACUAUUUGUAAAAACUGCUUCCGUUCAUCAAGGCAAGGCAAUUAACAUGUGA